AUGAGAAAUAAAAGUCCAAGUAUACAUAUCUUCGGUUUUCAUCGUAGGUUAACUUACCAUAUCUCAUUAGGCCCUGUAGGAGCCACUCUACAUCAUGAUAUUACUAGCCUGGAUACAUGCCACUUGCGUCGAUUGCCAUCAAGAUAUUCUACUCUAAGAGCUCAUAAGACAACAAGGAACCGAGUGCGAGCAAAGACCCAGCUGCAUUCAGAUUUGGGAAUUGGUCUACACUUGCGCAUUUCGCGGCCUUCUUUCUCUGGCCAGUCAAUGGAGGGCUGCCUGUCGUCGUCGCUGACCAUCAUCAAUACAUACCACCGGGUCGCUUCCGCUGAAUUGCCCUAUUGA